AUGUCGGCCGAGGGCUGGGAAUGGGACCCCGUGGGCGUCGUUGGGGGUGACGGACAUCUGCGAUUGAGUGGCAACGGCGUCAUGAGCGUCCUUGGCUGGUUUGAUCUGUCAGGAGACAAGACGAUGAUGUGGUGUGCGAGGAAUGUAGAGGUUGGGAGGGUCGAGAGUCGAGAGUCGAGCUGGAGACGGCGCAACAGGACGAAGGCUGUGGGAGACGGAAACGGCGCCAAUUCGACGAUUCAACGCGACCGAGGCAGGUGA